AUGGGUGCCAUCCCUUUGCCUCGUGUGGAAAACUACUGGCAAGAUGAUAAGUUCCAAAGGCCGUCUUUUCGUCCUCAUAUGGGUGUAGUGCGCUUUGAGCAGAUCAAGCGCUAUCUGCAUAUCUCUUGGCCAACUACCAGAGAUCCCCGCCGGCCAGAGGAUAAGUGCUGGUGGUCCAAGCUAGAACCUCUAGCGUGCGCGUUUCAAAGAGCUGCUGGACAGUAUUAUACUCCAGGGUCCAAUGUCUCAAUUGAUGAGACGAUGGUUCGCUGUUUUGGCCGUUCAAAGCAUACCGUGAAGAUGCCGAAUAAGCCCAUCAAGCAGGGGUACAAAUUAUUCGCCCUAGCUGAGCAUGGCUAUAUUCGGACGUUCACAUGGAGUAGCCGUCUCUUUGGUAUUGUGGACCUUUUUCGCUGGCCUGGUCUUAGCCCUACAGGCUCAAUGGUGAUAGCGACGAUUUGCAAGCUACCAGGGUUCUCAAGUAGCCAAGCUGGAUCGCCUACUGCCAACGCAGAUGCCAGUGCGGCUGCCAACACGGCUGUCGACACGGAUGUCAACGAGGCUGCCAACGCAGAUGCCAACCAAGCGCUAUAUAGCGUUUACUUGGACAACUACUUCUCAACCAUUGCCCUUUUCGAAGCCCUGCGAGAUUUAAGAUGUGGCGCAUGCGGCACUACUCGUAGGCAAGGCGGGACCCCCCCUCAGCUCGUCGAGCUGAAAGACCAUAUCAAGUCGAUUCCGUGGGGUACGUUAUAUACCUCCGAGGCUCGGGGGUUCCCUGGAGUAUAA